AGGAAAUAAAUUCAGUGAGGUCAUGACGUCGUCUAUCGCUGAAUUACAGAUGUCGUUAGUAGCUAGCCGACACCGAUUUACCUGAAGGCUAAUAACGGAAAAUAUCGUUGACACUCUUAAUACCAGGGUCGCUGGAAAACAGAAGCGCCACGUCGGCAAAUGAUACACAAGAUGCCCGGUCAACUAGGCAGCUUGAAGCCCAGAAAGAGAAAGAUCAACUCUGAGGCCAAAAGCUCCAGAAAGGCUUCUUCUUCGAGGAGGAGGUGUAUGAAAAGUCCAAAGAUGCACUCGGCAGCAGACAGCGGCGCGGCGGCCAGUGGGCACAGUAAAGCAGACGGUCCUCAGGAGAGACUCUCCCACAUCAGCUGUGAGUGCCACCAGUCUGCAGGCAGGAGGAGGUGUACGGGGUCGCCGGAGCUCGAAGGACAGGAGGGCAAAGAAAAUGAGCUGAGGUCGGGACUGGAUGUAGACGACUGCAGAGUGAACGGCGUCUCGGACAAACAGGACCCUGAGGACAUGGACUGUGAGGAAACCAACAAAAACCUCUUCCCAGAUGACGACAGCAAUCAGAUUCUUCCUGUGGAGCAGUUCUUUGGAAACCUGGACACCGUACAGGACUUUCCUCAGAGGCCAUCAGCGUCUUCUUCCCGCGUCCGGAGGCAAGGCAGGAGACGGUAUUACUACGCCCCAGAGGACAGCGAUGAAGAGGAGGUGGGCAGCAGCAGCAGCAGCAGCGACACUAUGCAGCGCGACGACAGAGGGGACACUUAGUGAGGAGCGACUGCAUUAAUGACUGUGUUGGACUCCCAGUUGUGCUUCUCAGCACUAAAGAAAAAAAGCAGCCAGAUUAAACUACACAGGCUGCAUUCAGUCAGCGCUAAAACAAGUCACAAAUAAGAAGCCGCGUGUGACAAUGCUCGCAAUUCACCAGGGAUGAACUUGCACUCUGUGAGGUGAGUAACCGAUGAAAUUAAUGCAGCUGAAUCUGCAGUUAGCCGACCGUCCUUUACAGACAAGCUGACAUUAUGUGGGUGUACUGCAUCUGCCUUAAAGCUGUUGCUGUGAACACAGCUCAAUAACUUGAGCACCACAGAAGUUUGCCAAAUUAAUUUAUGAUACUAACAAUUUUGAAAAGAAGUUCUUGAUAGUAAACUGUUCAUUUUUGACUUGCUAAGAACCGUCCAAACACAUAAAACUGUAUUCAUUUAUUGCUGAACUUGUGGUAACAACGGUGCCCCUCCAGUUCAGUCAGCAUCUGUCCUACCUGGAGUGUUUUGGCACAGCACUUUAAUAAGACAAAUCAGUCCACAUUUGCAGACUGAGAUGAACGUUGAGAGAUGACAAAUAGCGCUGUAUUUAAGGAGACAUAUUGUGCUCAUUUUCAUAGGAUCAUCAUCAAACACUCUCUAUUUUACCUCCUGACUCUUUAAGGUCCCCCACAACAACAGAGCAGCUGUGCUAAAUCAGUUCUUGCGUACAAAACUAGCCACUAGUCCUGAAUUAGGCAAAUGUUUGACUGUGACAUAGUGCGAUGUCAGAAAGUCACUGAGUAAGUACUGAUGAGGCGUUUCAGGAGCAGUGUUUUUGUGGGAUAGAGGAGCAUCUGUUGGUGUGGACUUUAACCAUUCUAACUUGCAAGUUCUUUUAAAAUGUAUGAACACAUAUUAAAAAAGCAUAAUAGGUCUCCUUUACAAUAAUUUUAAAAAGCUAAUGUAAUUUUAAAAAAAGGUAUUUUUCACACAAAUGUACAAAUGAGAUAUUAUAAAAUGCAACAGCAUUCAUGUUCUGGCUUCAGACUAUAUAAACAUGAGAAACAAGUGUGUCAGAGCAGUUUCAUGAUGAAAGUUUUGAAUAUCACACAUUCAUUGUAGAAGCUGAAUGAGCCAUCGUUCACCAAGUAUCUCAUAUUCCUCCUCGACACAUCUUUGUGUGCUCAGUUUUAUGGCAGCUGUUUUCCCAGACUGAUUUGCAAACGUGAGAAAAUUUUAUAUGAAAAAAAUGUAAUAUUUAAAACACAAACUAAAGAGGGUAGGUUACUGAAAAAACUCUUCAGUGUAAUUGAAUUGAGAACUUAAACCUGACUUUGAAAAUGCCAUCUAGACUUCUAACUUCAGCAGUAAUUGCACUUGUGCUGUUCUCAUUUUGUAGUAUUUUGUAUAUAGUGAGCUGAUUGUUUUGAUCAUCCAAUCAAAUGUUCAAUAUAUUUUUUACUGCCUUUAUUUAUGCUAAAUGCUUUUUUCAUAUUCUGCUAUGCAACCUUCCGACUGAGUGAAUGCCUCGUACAUCAAGCUGUCAUUGUAAUCAGUUCAUGUAUUUUGCAUCGUCGUGCCAACGCAAAGAACAAAUAAAUGUUUUUCAUGAUUGCAAA